AUGCUGGUGCACACUUACCCCUCCAUGGAGCGCCCCGACGGGCUGGGCGCAGCGACUGGCGGGGCCCGCCUGUCGUCCCUGCCCCAGGCGGCCUACGGGCCGGCGCCGCCACUCUGCCACACGCCGGCCGCCGCCGCCGUUGACUUCCAGCCGCCCUACUUCCCGCCGCCCUACCCGCAGCCGCCACUGCCCUACGGCCAGGCGCCCGACGCCGCUGCCGCCUUUCCCCACCUGGCCGGGGACCCGUACGGCGGCCUGGCACCCCUGGCACAGCCGCAGCCUCCCCAGGCCGCCUGGGCCGCGCCCCGCGCCGCCGCCCGCGCCCACGAAGAGCCGCCCGGCCUGCUGGCGCCGCCCGCCCGCGCUCUGGGCCUCGACCCGCGCCGCGACUACGCCACCGCCGUGCCCCGGCUCCUGCAAGGCCUGGCCGACGGGGCGCACGGCCUGGCCGACGCGCCCCUCGGCCUCCCAGGGCUGGCGGCGCCGCCCGGCCUAGAGGACCUGCAGGCCAUGGAUGAGCCGGGAAUGAGCCUUCUGGACCAGUCUGUGAUCAAGAAAGUUCCCAUCCCCUCCAAAGCCAGCAGCCUCUCGGCCCUCUCACUGGCCAAAGACAGCCUGGUUGGUGGCAUCACGAACCCCAGUGAGGUCUUCUGCUCCGUGCCAGGCCGGCUCUCUCUGCUCAGCUCGACGUCCAAGUACAAGGUGACGGUGGGGGAGGUCCAGCGGCGACUCUCACCUCCCGAGUGCCUCAAUGCCUCCCUCCUGGGCGGUGUCCUUCGCAGGGCCAAGUCCAAGAAUGGGGGCCGCUGCCUGCGCGAACGGCUAGAGAAGAUUGGGCUCAAUUUGCCAGCUGGCCGUCGCAAGGCCGCCAAUGUGACACUUCUGACUUCACUGGUGGAGGGAGAGGCCGUGCACCUGGCCCGAGACUUUGGCUACGUCUGUGAGACUGAGUUCCCAGCCAAGGCAGCUGCCGAGUACCUGUGCCGACAGCACGCUGACCCCGGGGAACUGCACAGCCGCAAGAGCAUGCUGCUGGCCGCCAAGCAGAUCUGCAAGGAGUUUGCAGAUUUGAUGGCUCAGGACCGCUCACCACUGGGCAACAGCCGCCCAGCGCUCAUCCUGGAGCCCGGAGUACAGAGUUGCCUGACACACUUUAGCCUUAUCACCCAUGGCUUUGGUGGGCCCGCCAUCUGUGCUGCCCUUUCUGCCUUCCAGAACUACUUGCUGGAGUCACUCAAGGGGCUGGACAAGAUGUUUCUAAGUGGUGCAGGCAGUGGGCAUGGUGACACCAAGGCUUCAGAGAAGGAUGCCAAGCACAGGAAAUAA